AUGCGCAGCAGCAGUGGCAUCAGCGAUGGCGAGGUGCUUAUCCGCCUGGAUACGUCAGUGCUGGAGAGUCGCCUCAACGCCUUCACCGACCGAUGGGAAACGGAUCUGAAAGGCAUUCGUACUCAGGUCGGGGCGUGUGCAGUUGACAUGCGAUCCGUAGCCGCCGACGUAAACGCCAUUCAGAGUUUUCUGCUGACGUAUCACAACCGGAAUAUGAGAACCGCGCUUGUGGCUUCUCCCACUGAGGCGCCAGAUGACGUCGCCUUGUCCGCUACCCAAGGGCUGCUUGACCGCUUUGUCGUCAACGCCGCCGAGAAUGGCUCAACAGAGAACCUGCUAGGAAUGGUGGCCGUGGCGCGUCGCCUUUUAGACGAGAACGAAGCCCUCCGCGCGUCUCUCAAUUCCGCUACGACCGCCCUGUCCACGCACACAACAAGCAACACCGACCUGAUGCACGAGGUGGAGCAGUUGCGGCAGCAAACAACACAGCAGUCAGCACUGUUGCAGAGCAUUACUUUGUGGCUCCGCAUGCUGGGCUUGACACUCGACGACGGCGCAGGUGAGGCUAGCGGCGAUGGGACUUCACUGCUCAUGAGCGCGUCUGCGGAGUCCACAGCUGAAGGGCACUCGAUGGAAUCAGUUCUUUCUCGUUCUCCCCUCCUGCUUUUUUUUCGGCAGAUUCUGCUACGCGACCUGACGGAGCGCCUCAAAUCUGUCGUGGACCAGCAGUCGAAGGACUUCCACGAUACCGUGGCUGGCCUCGAGGACCGACUGCAGAGAGGUGGGAAGGGUGCUGCUUACUUAGCCGGUGCGCAGUCGGCCAGCGUCACCGAAGAGCUGCAGGAAAGCGUCCGCCUCUUGAGCAAGCGGCUCAAAGACACGGAUAAGCGUGCGGUGAAGCGGGAUGAAUUUAUGUCGCUCAUGCGAGCCAAGGCAGACUCCCUGCUGCUGCCGGCAAAGGCCGACAACGCGGCACUGACUGAUUUGGAGGCACGCCUGGUGGCACGGUGCGCUGACUUGGAGGAGCGAUGCGCCUUUGCCGACGCAGAGCGUUCCGAGUUUCGUGCACUUCUACGCUCUGUCAUUGUGAGCCAAGCACGCCCAACAGUUGCCGCGGCACCACCACAUCUCCAGGAGGCCUCACGGACGAAUGAGCAUGUGCAGUCGGAAGCACAAGCACGAGGAACCCUACUUGGCGAAAUUCUUCCGGCAGUAAGAAGCAGCUCCUCCUUUGCGGCGCCGGCGCCACUGUCCAGGCAUGAGGCGCUCCUUCCUCACUCGUGCGGCGCUUCAGCCUCGCAACAGCUCUACCGAGUCUUGGGCACCUCGCACGGCAGCGGUGUGCACGGCGUCACUCUCGGGUCUGCGACACAGACGGAAUAUGCGAAGCCACUAGGAAGCGGCGCUGCGCCCCAGCAUGAGAGCCUACAGGUGAAAGCAGCUCCCUCACCAAGGGCUGAUGAGAGUGUCGUUGCGAUUGGCAUGACGCCGACGCAGGGCGCCUAUGCUGCCUUUGUCUCCGAGCAGCUGACGCGCCGCCAGAUCGCCUCGCUUCCGGCGCUUCCGUACGAGAAAAAUCCGAGUCGGUAG